AAAAAACUGCUGCAUACUGGGCCCAUAUAACACAAUCUGCUAAGAUAACAAAGCAACAAUUGAUUUUAUCAACAGAAAUGCUUUAUGUAUUAGAAAUGUUUUAACACUAUUUUUAGAGCAAAUUUUAACUAGUAAGCAGAUGCAUUGUCCAAUGUAGAAGAUUAAUGUUAUGGAAGUCAGUAUAUUUUGGUACAUGAAAAAAUAAUAUAUAAUUUCCCUGCUUACUUUCACCUGGCCUUUUAAUUAGAAGUUGUGAGAUCAUUGAUAUUGUCUCAAAGAAGUUCUAAAACAUCACAUUGAAUAAAAAUGACAACAAUGUCGAGCAUGUCUAGUAAACUUAAAGGAGGGGGUGUCCGCCGUGGGCAGCUGAAGGAGAAAGUUGUGCAGAUGUAUGAAGAACUCCUACAUCCAGCCAUUCAUCCCUCCUUUAGCCCAAGUAUGGGUACUCCUUCUCUGCCCAACAAGUCUCCUGCAUCUCGAUUUUGGGAGGACUUUUUUCUUCUCAGACCAAAACUAUCAGCACUGGAGGGAGAAAUAAAUAGAUUAAGUGUGGAGCAGUUGGCAGCUCUGAAGCCUAAUUUAAAUGGUUUGUUUGCUGAGUGUGUGGGCACACUGAAUAAUGCCCUGCAACCCUCACACACCAUUCGCUCCAUCAAUGCAAUGCUUACAUUGUGUGGCCUGAUCCGAGGUGUGUACAGGAAGUGUGAGGGAGGAGGCCCCACUGCUGUGUUGCCCGGGUCAUCUCCCUUCUCAAUGAGUGGCUCUGCUUGUGAUGUAAUAAAUAUUCUUGUUGGCUUUGAUGCUGCAGAGGACCUCAUGAGACAACUUCUGCUACAGGUUUCCGAGUUCCUCACUGGAGAAAGUCCCGGGUGCUUAAAGAGAGUCUCAUUGAAGCUACUGCUGGUGCUGUGUACCGCUACUGACGACAUCAACCAGAACACGCUUCUGGAGUACCUCACCAUCACCUGUGUCUUUCACCCAGUCAUGCAGUUAUUAGCGGACUCCUGCUCUCGCCAUCUGUACGGAGGUGAUGCAGUAAUGUUCAUCCUGUUGAUGGUGCAAUAUCGGUCACAUGAGAUGGUCAACCCCUACACUGUGCAGCUCUCCUUGCUUGACAAUGAGCUCGUGCUCAAUGGAUAUGGACAGGUCAUACGAUGCUGGUUAAGUGCAUUCAACCGUAAGUUUGCAGCCACCAUGGUUGAGGCACAGUCAUCAGGGUGGCUGGCGUCCAUCACGUCAAUGGUGGGGGGACUUUUUGUGUCUGAUGAGCACACCAACCGCACUCAUCAAAUCAAGGCUAAUGAUGCGUAUCUGUUGGGUCUGUUUGAGGCGGUGCACUUGAACAGGAACUUCAUCACUGCCCUCACAACAGCAGCAACAGAAGCCUCCAGUCCACCCAGUCCCUCCACCUCCACACAGUCUCUUCAUUCCGCUCCUCAGAAUGUGCUGGCAGAAACAGGCACUCAAGGCAUGACCAGCAGCACUCACAGCUCGACAUCUGAGGCACCCAUAGACUCGCCCUCCUCGCCAACCACCAACACGUCCGUUCCUUGCCCCAACACCGCUGCCAUUUCCCCCUCAGAAGGUCUAUCUCAACAAGCAGCUCCUCAGUUAAUCACUAUCAACAACAACACAUUCAACACCAGCCUUGCUCAUGAUCGUCAGGAAGAGAACAGUUCUUAUGAACAGCAGCAACUACAGCUCUUGCUGGAGGCAAACGUUCAGCCUACGAACCUCAUGGUUACUUUCCUCGAGUACUGCUCGAUCGUGAUGCAGGACACGAAGAGCGAAGAGUGCCACCAGAACGUGCAGCUGUGCUUCAUAAUCCUGACCUGCAUCAGUGAGGACCAGUACAGCAACCUGCUGCUGCACGAUGCAAACCUCGUGUUCGCCGUACAGCUCCACAGGCUCCCCAUGCGACACCGCAAACUCGCUUCUCCACACGGCACCACGAACCGCGCACGACCUCUUGCUUGUGCCGUCAUAGAUCUGCUGGUGGAGUUCACCAUGUCGCACAUGCUCAAGAAGCUGCCCGUGGAGCAGUUCAUGCAGUGCGUGGGUAUCGUGCACAGACUGCUGUGCUACCAGAAGCGCAACGCCGUGCGGUUGCCCUACGCCUGGAAGGAGCUGUGGACGGCUCUCAUCGCCCUCACUAAAUUCAUCGUAGCCAACGAGACGCAGCUCGUCAAGCGGCAUAAUAUCUUCCAGCUCGCUUACCAGAUUGUGAACAUCUUCAACCUGUUCAUCACGUACGGUGACACUUUCCUAUCGAGCGCGUCGUGCUACGACGAGCUCUACUACGAGAUCAUGCGCAUGCACAUCGUCUUCGAGAACCUCUACAGCCUGGGCCUCCGCUACGCCCGCUCUGACGGCGACUAUAAGGACCAAGCCCACCAGCUCACCAACAGCCUCGCCAACAUUAGGUCGAUCAUCGGGCACUUCUCCCCGGCGCUGGACCGCUUCAGCCACGAGCAGAACAUCUCAACGCUGACGGAGGCGCAGGUGCUGGACGUGGUGCGCUCCAACUACGAGAGUCUGACGCUCAAGCUGCACGACAGCCUCGACACCUACACCAAGUACACGGCCCUGCCACACCACAAGGCGCUCCACGCGAACAUGGUGCGUGUGUCGUGA